GGAGGAAGUUCAGGACCUUCUUCCUUACGUCUGUCUAUGACAGAGAGGGGAAAACUGGGUCAAGGAAGACAAGAAGGUGUCUCUUGACCAUCGACUCUUCCAAGUGUACGGGGUCAAGGCUUUGUCGAUGAAAGCGUUUGACGUGCGCGGGAACGGAUCGGAGUUCCAAAUGCUGGAUCCGGAAAAGUUUCUUUCCAAAACCAAUGGCUACCGCCUGACUGGUUCCCUGCAUCUCGUCGACAAUGCUUUCAUGCUCAGCAGACCUUUCGUCCAAUUCAACAGCCCGACGGACCAACUCGCAGCUUUUGUUAUGCGAUACAGGGAAGAGUUCACGAGGCUGCCUGCUGCCCAGCAAGUUGACCGUGUUUUCGUGCCGAUUAACGCUCUGCCCGCUCCGGUUCCGCCCUCGCAUCGGCAAGGUCGCGAUGCGGCUGAGCAGUCCAGCGAGGCCACAGACUACGACGACGGAGCUGUGUGCUAUCGGGCUGGUCCACAGAAUCGUUCCCGGGGAGGUGCAAGUGCCUUCGAUGACGAGGAAUGCGAGGGCCAAGAUGGGGAGGGCGGUGGUUGGGAUGGGGAGGGUGGUGGUGAGGAAGGGGAGGGCGGUGGUGAGGAGGAGGAGGGCGGUGGUGAGGCAGACGACGGUAACGAAGGAGAUGCUGAAGGUGAGGACGAUGGCAUGGACGAGGAGAGAGACGAUGUUGGUGAGGAAGUCGAAGACAAUCGCUCCUCCCAAUUUCACCGUGGMYACCACAACGAAUCGCAGGGGCGUCGUGAAGACGACGCCUGCCACGUCGGUGACGCGGUCGAUGGUGGUGGCCAGCCUGCAGCCUCCCGUGGAAUGUCGCAGUCCUAUGACCAGACGAAGGAUGGGAGAGACGAACCUGGCUCACGGGGAAAGCGAAAGAGGGGAGAGGCGACGACCUCUCCUGCGAGUCGAACAAAACAGGCGAGGGCCGACGCCGUCAAUGAAGCUCACGGAGCAUUGACGGCAUCACAGGAAGCGCGGGCUCCUCGGAAAACUGGUGGGAGGGGGCGAAGUGGCAGCCGCGAGGGCGGUCGUGGCGGCGGUAGGAAAGGCUCGCAGAGGUCCAGGGCACCUGAGCUGCGGGACUCGGGGGAUGAGGGCGAGGGGGUGGGGCCUCGCAUGCCCGAAGACAUUGAAGAGCUGGUUCAGCACGCCGCGCCCGUGGACACGACAUGAUGUUUCUUCCUCGAAUACGACGAACAGGGCCUCGCCAGGCAAGAUGUCCAAGUUGUUAAUGUUGAC